AUGAAAGGCACUCUACAGCACGCUUCUUCUGAUCCGAGUUUUAGUCCUGGCGCGAAUAAAAUUCAUUUGGAGAGCGGUGACCUCGAAGAUUUAAUUGCGAAAUUCAAGCGAACUGGGUCCACAGAAACACGCGAUGCAGCGCCAUUUCUAGCGCAACCUCCCAGCCUGGGCUGCAUAUCGGAAGCUAAUGCAGGCGGCCCAUAUGAGGAUACUGCGAUUGACAGCGAACACCGCAGACGAAGGAAU